UGUGGUGAGGUCGUCUCCUGUAAAUAAUAAAGCGCACAGAUGCAGCGGUACAGCGUAUUCUAUCACGUAUUUAUUUAUUUUGGAUUGGUUUAUCUAAAUGCUGCAACAGCAUGUAAGAAGGUGGCAGUCUUCUGCCAUCCCGCUUACUGUUAACCUGUUCGUUAGACUAAGUUUAGCGUGACACUUAGUUGGUUGCAACGCUAGCAUUUGCUAACCAUCUAGCUAAUCAGAGGUUAUUACGGGAGGAAUAUAUCUUGUCUUUAGAAGCCUCUGACUAACUGGGAUGGGUUUAUGAAAUGACAGUCAUCCGUAGCCUCUAAGUGACCCGACGUGUAUCAGAGACCACAGGUCAAGCUUGCCUUGGCGCUGGACAUCCUGCCUACCAUGCAGGCAUGAGCUCUGCCCUGUGGAGCCAGGAGAAGCCCAGCGGGGGCUUCAGGGAGGACUGGCGCUUCUACAUGGUUGUGAAGGAAUGCACUGUGGAAAAGCCUGCCCAGAAGACCCUGAGGAUCCCCCGUGGGAGUCUUGGCCAGGCCUGCCAGGAGCGCAACAGCCUCGGGCGACCACUGCCCCCAUGUAAGGGCAAGAAAAGUCUCCGCAUUCUGGACCAGACCAACGUGGUGCUGAGCCUGGACGAGCGGGAUGUCCUUGAGUUGGACGAGAAGCUGGCUGAGCUGCUGUUCCCCAUCACCAACUGCGAGGAGCGAUACGCCCUGCUCUGCGACAAGUCACGGCUACAGCGCGUCCGUGACAUCGACUGCGGCUCCAAAGUGCGCGUCCAGCUGCGGUCAGGAGACGAGCCGCUGCCCGGUGUGGUCCGGUUCAAAGGCUCGCUGCUUCCCGACAGAGCCCUGUCAGGAAUCUGGUUUGGAGUGGAACUGCUGGAGGAAGGCCGGGGCCAAGGCUUCACGGAGGGCUCCUACCAAGGCCGGCAGCUCUUCCGCUGCGAGGAGGAAUGCGGCGUGUUUGUGGCCCUGGACAAGCUUGAGCUCUGGGAGGAUGACGACGGCGAGCUGGAGGUGGAUCGCGGCAGACCGCCUGAAGACGAUCAGGACUUCCCUCCGCUCGAGAUCAGCUCCAGGGUGGUGGUGCAGACCAGGGAGGGCCCUGAGAGGGGCACCAUCAUUUUUUGUGACCUGCUACCGGGAAACGAGAGCCUGGGCUACUACGUGGGAGUUGACAUGGACAAUCCUAUCGGAGACUGGGACGGUGCGUUUGACGGGAAGCUGCUGUGUAAUUUUGCCAGUUUGGAGCACACUCGACUCGUCCCCAUCUGCGACGUAAUGCCAGAAUAUUCCAUGCAGGACCAAAGGCUGCAAAAGCACAGUUUUGCCCCCAGAGGCACCAACAGCGACAAGUCGUCCUCUGGCCAAAGCAAACCAAAGAGCAAAGGAUUAGGUCAUCAGUGUGGCAGUAGAAGCAAGUCUGAAUUUUACUAUACUUUAAAUGGCAGCUCUCUUGAUCCCCCUGUCCAGCCCAAAUCCAAAAGCACAUGGUACAUUGAUGAAGACGCAUCCGGGGUGAGGCUUUUGCAGAAGCCUAUGUUCCAAAACUACAACAACCCCGAAACACGAUGGCAAGAAAGUUCUGCAGCAGUCUCAGAGCGACCUAGAUCCGAGUUGGAGAGGAUCCCGCCAAGUCUCUUACUGACACCCCCCCCGACUUCAACCAGUCCCCCCCCCCCCUCCAGAGCCCCCCCCUCUUCCUCACUGUCCAGUGACAGCAAGUUCCACUCGCUGCCCUUCAGCUUGAAUCGCAAGACCGGUCCCAUUGACAGUAUGAGUCAUGGGCCCCUCUCCCUCUCCGUCCAGUCUGUGAUGGGGGAGCAGCCUGAGUCCUCGUCGCCUGCUGCCCCCACCUCUCCCCGUCCUCCAACACCCCCCCGAGGACAGCCGGGGCUGGAGGUGGGCUCCCUGGUAGAGGUGAAGGAGAACCCUCCUCUGUGUGGCGUGAUCCGUUGGGUGGGUCUGCCCGCUGGCCUGUUGGAACCUUUGGCUGGGCUGGAGCUGGAAGAAGAGUGUCCCGGUUGCACUGAUGGUACCUUCAAAGGCACUCGGUACUUCACCUGCCCACCUAAAAAAGCUCUGUUUGUGAAGCUCAAAUGCUGCCGGCCUGAUUCCCGCUUCCCGUCCCUGCACCACUCCUCCAAUCCCAUAGAGCGAUGCAACUCCAUCGCAUUUGGAGGUUACUUGAGUGAGGUAGUGCAUGAAAACACACCUCCACGCACAGAGAAUGACGGGCUGGAUGUCAUGGUGGGUAAAAAGAAAGGCAUUCAGGGCCACUACAACUCCUGCUACCUGGACUCUACGCUCUUCUGUCUAUUCUCCUUCAGUUCCGUACUGGACACUGUCCUGCUGAGGCCGCGAUCGAAGACUGACGUAGAGUAUUACAGAGAGACCCAAGAGCUGUUACGCACAGAGAUCGUUAACCCCCUGCGCAUACAUGGGUACGUUUGUGCCACUAAAGUGAUGAAACUCAGGAGAAUCCUGGAAAAAGUAGAAGCUGCCUCUGGGUUUACCUCUGAAGAAAAAGAUCCAGAGGAGUUCCUUAAUAUCCUUUUUCAUCAUAUAUUGAGGGUGGAUCCAUUGCUGAGGUUAAGGUCAGCAGGUCAGAAGGUGCAGGACUGUUACUUUUACCAGAUCUUCAUGGACAAGAAGGACAAAGUUGAAGUUCCAACCAUUCAGCAGCUGUUGGAAUGGUCCUUCAUCAAUAGCGACCUGAAGUUUGCAGAGGCUCCCUCCUGCCUUAUCAUCCAGAUGCCCCGCUUUGGCAAGGACUUCAAAAUGUUCAACAAGAUUUUCCCCUCUCUGGAGCUGGAUAUCACAGACCUUCUUGAAGACACUCCGAGGGAAUGCCGUAUCUGCGGAGGCCUGGCUCUCUACGAGUGCCGAGACUGUUACGAAGACGGGGACAUCACUGCUGGCAAGAUUAAACAGUUCUGUGAAAAGUGCAAUACACAGGUUCAUCUCCACCCAAGAAGGAAAGCCCAUCGGCACGGCAAACUGUCCGUCCCCAAAGAGCUCCAAGAUGGAACCGGGCGCCAGGGCAUUUUCCCCCGUCAGAGAAUGGAGCUGUUCGCCGUGCUGUGCAUCGAAACCAGUCACUACGUGGCCUUCGUCAAGUAUGGGAGUGCAGAUUCGGCCUGGCUCUUCUUUGACAGCAUGGCUGACCGUGACGGAGGCCAGAAUGGUUUCAACAUCCCGCAGGUGUCUCCCUGUCCGGAGGUGGAAGCCUACCUGAAAAUGACUCCAGAGGAGCUGCACACACUUGACCCCAAGAGCAUGCAGGGCCAGGCUCGACGCCUGCUCUGCGACGCCUACAUGUGCAUGUACCAGAGCCCGACCAUGAGCCUGUACAAGUAGAGUUUUGCUCCCCGGCCUUGUCACCCUUCCACCCCAUGCCCCUCAGCCUCUCUGCGCCUCCCCCAGGGCAAACGAUCCCCGGAAGCAUCCCAAAAGCGACAGACAGACUAACUGAAGAGGAGCCGCCUGCCAUCAGGGGCGCUGUCCCGGAGUAAAGCUCUCCGCCUCUCCUCAACGUCCUCCCGUGUGUUGAGGCUGGGGAGAUGGAAGUGAGUGGGAGACGCCUAUUUGCACUGUGCAUUAGUUGAAGUGUUGUGUUCUUUAUGUAGUCCUAUGUAGCUUUCCUGUGUCUCACAGCUGAGCAUCGGUAGUGGUUAAUGAAGCAGACGUAGGCAUUUCUGAGGAUUUCCUCCCUGUUUAGGGGAGGAAGGAGAUGACUGACGGGAGGGCCCGCUGCGUCACAGUGGCUGACAAAACAAGUGCAGCAAAAACAAGACAAGCUCGUGGGAGGACCCUACUCACCUCAUUUACCUUAAGAAAAGAGGAGUCCUGCUAUUCUUAAUCACUGUAAAAGAUGGGAGCUUUCCAUAAUGCACAUUAAGGAAGCAGCACAGCGUGAAAAACCUUAUCCAACCUGUAUGUGCUGUCCUAAAAAACUCCUGUAAAUCUCUAAGUAGCAUAGAUUUCUCCAGGUAGUAACAUCAACAGUAUAGAUGUCAGCCAGCUGUGCGGCCGCAUUAAGACCAGACUAUUCUGCUCUUUGUGAACUGGUUUGCAUAAUUCCUCAUCACGCUGUGAAGAUGUCUUUACAGUAUAUGUUCCGCAGAAUAAGAUGUAGCCAUUGUAAAAGUCUCACGUUUCUCCUUACGCUCGCUCGACCGAUGCUGCACUUUUGCUUGAUUCCCAAGUGGACCUAUCAGGAAACAUUUAGGUUUUGUCCCCGCCCCCCCCCCCCCCCCUCCCAUUUGAAGUCACAGCGAGUGCUAAUUUGUCAGUUGGGAGACAUCCAGAGUUUUGUUACAGAAUACAAAUUUGCUCCUCUGCCGUAGCUGUAAAGAAUGGCCUGCAUUGCUAAUGCAGAGUAGAUGGCAGAUAAAUGCAUGAAGGGAGACUGGUACAAUGGCUUCUGUUGUAAAGCUGGCUGGUGGAGCAAUCCAUGCCUUCAUGGGGUCAGUGAGGUGAAAAACUGGAAAAAGUCUGGCUGUUUUCCUCUGAGGGUGGGAUGUGAAGAAAUGCAUCGUCUCACUCAUUGCAUUAAUGGGUAAAUCUAAAUGAUGUUUUAUGUUUACAAAGCCUUUUCUCUGCCCGUCUCGGCAGGUCUGAUUUCUAAGAGAAGCAAGUGUUGACUCCCGCUGCCUUUCAUCAAGGUGUGACAUGUAAUAGUUUCAACCUGGCACCAGAUAACAAAACAGUCGUGAUCCAAUAUUAUUUAUUACGAUCUAAUCUUACCACAAAGUCAUCUGAAAUUUUGAAAAAGAAAAAAGAAGUGAAACAGGGUUGAUGACACUGUAAGAUUUGGGUACUCCUUGUCCUCUUUCACUAUUUAUUUAUGUUGUCUUAAAGCAACUACUGAAUGUUGAUAGUGACCUGUUGAGCAGUCAACAAAGGAUGAAAAAUGAAGAGGCACAAGGGUGGGAACUUGGGGCAUCAUAUAUGUAUUUAAUGAAGAACAUUUAUUAAAAGAGUAAAACAUACUCCUCAAGUCCAUUAUAUUCCAGUUUUACAGAGUAUCCAAAGCGAACAAAUACACGUGUGAAGCUGUGGUCGCUUUUAACACAUCACACAGAAAACAAAACUGGAUCAACAAGUCAACAAACUACACAUGUUCCUAUAAGCGUUCUGUAUUUCUAUUUUUGCUAAACUUAGACAUGUCUUAAUUCUGAAAUUUUUAAGGCAGUUGGAAACAAAUGUGUGAGAGCCUUUUCUAAAUUCCUGAUCCGUGUGGCUCGUUGCUCAUUUCCGCAGGGAUUCUGACUGACUUUCAGCACUGCUGGGGCCUGUCACUGACCGGUCUCAGAAACGAGGACAGGUUUUUGUGAUGUGUAAUUUUCUUUUUUUUUUUUACAUUUUUGUUUUUUGUCCUUCUGUUGCAUCUGUACAGUGUAGACAUAUGUAAUGGGUGUGGAGAAUUAAUGUCAGUGAUGUUCCUGUAAAUGUUAACAAAAAUAAAGCCCAUUUUGAAGGGUACUCUGCAAACACACUAAUGUCCAAUAAGCACACAACAUGAAUGCAUCUGGGUUGAUAUCUAAUGCAGAUCAAAGGGUCAUUUUUUGCAUUUUUGAGCCAG